AUUUAGUUCACACGUAACAGCAUAACGGUCUUCCAGUAUUUAUCCAGCGAUGAGUUCCCUAGUAACUGAAGCUCUGGCCAGCGCAGGAAAGUUGGCAAAAGACGAUUGGAAUGUGAAAAUAUCUAAACUAGCGGCCCGUGCAUUUGAUACGAAGAGGGAGUUGAGUGAAUGUAUUGAGGAGGAAUUUUGCAAUUUUUCAUCUUUACGAGAAUCGUGUGAAGAUACGAAUGCAAAGUUGACAGAAAUUCGUGAUGAAGCACACAGAUUGGAAAAAUCACUUGAAACUAUGGUACAAGAUCAGAUUCCAGAUACAACAAAAAAGUUUGACCAACUUGCAAAAGAACAUUCUAAGACUGUGGAGUUAGUGCAAGUGCUUGAAAAGUUGAACUUUGCGUACUUUUACUUUAGAAAUCAUGAAUUGGAUGUAAAACACAAGAACCUUCUUCAAGCCAGCAUUAAAUUGGAAAAGGUAAAACAGUGUAUUGAAUCAGCAAAUGGUAUGAAGAUGGUUGAAAGUCAAAUAUACAAAGCACUAAAGGUGGAAUAUCAUCUUUGUAAAGAACAAAUUCUUUACACACUUGAUGAAGCUUGGAGAGAUUCUGUUUUAUGGGAGCUGCCAGGAGAUAAUGGUGACAUGACAAGAAGUCCGAAGUUAACAAUCUCUUUCAGUCAAAACCAAUCAUUAAGUUCUCAAGAUGUAAUUUAUGCACUUUAUGUUUGUGGAACUCUCACAUACAAAGUGGAAAAGCUGGCAAAGCAUUGCAUUGAGCAUAUGAUAAAACCUUGUAUAUUAAAUCCUGGUUGUGAUGUAAAUGUGAAACAGAACUCUGGCACUGCUAGUGUGAUGUUGAAUAACUGUGAUGGGGCUGAGGAUGAAAACAGGGAAGAAAAAGAAGUAUGUAACCAUGAUGAAAUAUUUACCAACGUUCUCAAGUUCCUGCAAUUCUUGUACGACAAUUUGUUAAAGCUAAAACUUGAGCCUGAAAAGGAUGCAGUUGUCAUGGAAAUAUUUUCUUCCUUCAUUUUUGAGGAAACAAUAAAGUUGAUCGUUGAUCAAUGUUUGCCAAAGACAGUUCCACAAACAAAGGAGGGAUUGGAUAAUUAUCAUCAGGUUACAGAAUGUGUGAACAAAUUUGAUGCUUCUUUGAGGAAAAUUAAAUUUCUUCCGCCUUCUGUUGAAAAAUCCGAUCUUAUUUCAUAUGUUGCUGAUAUUCACAUACACUUCGCAUCUCGACGAAGUAUUGAUAUAUUAGCUGAAGCAAGAAGACUGAUGAAGUUGGACUUGCAUGAUACUGAGGAGAUAAAUGACAACGAAAGAAAAGCUGAGCUAACAGGUGAUGCUUAUAAUAAAGUUCGCGAAGCUGUUAAUAUAAAGAAAGAACCGGAAUUUAUUGAACGAGGAAAGGAAUUGUUUUGGAAACCAGAACACCCACUGUCUGAUAACACCUUAUGUCUUCCAAGAUGUAGAGUAAGCAAAUCUGCCAAGUCGAUAUUGAAACUUGCAUACACUACUCUGUGUGAAGCUACUAAAUCAUCGGACCAAACGGCCUUGAAACUUGUAUUCACCACUGAACAGAUAUUUGAAUUAUACAUGGCAGUUGUGCCUAUUUAUCACAAAGAGAAGUUGUCUAGUGUUCCUCACAUCACUGCUGUGUUUCAUAAUGAUUGUUGGUUCCUAUCACAUCAUCUGCUUACUAUGGGUCAUCAGUUCACCAACAAACUUAAGUCAAAAUUAGACGGGAAGAAUCUUCUAUUUGUACAACUUGUGCCAAGACUAAGAAGCAUAGGUGACGAGUUACACUUGGCUCAAUUAAGAAGGCAACGAGAUCAGAUCAUGGAAAGUUUGGCUCCGUUACGUAAUUUCAACUCUGGUAUGGAUGCUAAACUCAGUAAAUAUUCAGCUGCUGAACGAACUGUUAAACAGACACUACACCAGUUGCAGCACCUACGUAAGGUAUGGAAAGGUGUUUUCCCAUCAAACAUACUUCAAAGGAGCUUAGCUUUGCUUACAGACACUGCCAUAUCUGAAAUAGUUUCAAGCAUUUGCUCUAUGGAGGAUAUUUCGUCUGAUGAUUCAAUUCAACUUAAAAUGAUAUGUCACUUGAUGCAAGACCAGGUCCCGCUCGUAUUUAAACAACAAGACGAAGACGACGAGCAACCCGCUGAGGCGGAAGACUCUGCCACACCGUGGCAACGUGAAGUUAAGAAAUGGCAACGACUGAACGAGAUAAUAUUUGUUCUUGAUUCGAGCAUGACCAAAAUAGUUGACCGGUGGGCUGAGGGUAAAGGACCUCUUUCCAUGGCUUUUACUGUAGCUGAGAUGAAGAGCCUCAUACGAGCUUUGUUUCAAAACACUGAACGACGAGCGAACGCAAUUUCAAAGAUUCGUCUUUAGCAAUCUUGUUCGUCGAUGGCAAUUUCUUUGUUUAUUUUCUCAGAUUAACUUAUCAUAGUACAGCAGGUGCGGGUGUGGAAAAGUGUUCCAUAAUUUUUGACUUGCUUUUUUUUAAGGAAUGUUAUUGUAUAUGUAUUGCCGCUUAACCUUUUGUUUAUAUAAAUAAAGAAAGAAUAAUGAUAUUGCU